AUGCCGUCCGUCGUGCAGCUCGACUCGCUGCAGCCCAGAUUCGCAUCCACACGACCCAGGUUGAAUGAGGUGCUGAAGCGCCCAAUACCUAAUUCGUACUGGGCCACACCUCUUUUGCUCGCCUGCGAAUACCCAUGGGAGCCGUUGGCGCAGCAACCAAAGCUGGACUUCCUGCUGAGAGCGGGCGUGCGGACGUUCAUCGACCUGACGGAGGCGGGGGAGCUCAAGUCGUACGAGUGCGCGCUCGCGGAGCGGGCGCGCAAGCUCGACAUCGACACUGCUGCCAUCGAGUACCACCGCUUCCCCAUCCACGACCGGUCGCUACCAGAGUCAGUGGAGUACAUGGGCAGGAUCCUGGACGUGCUGAAGGACAAUGAAAGAAGACGGCGGAUCAGCGCGGUGCACUGCAGAGGAGGGAUUGGGCGCACGGGGAUGGUCAUCGGGUGCUGGUUGGUCGAGUGCGGAGUUGCUGCAUCCGGAGAGGAGGCGCUCAGGCUCAUCGCAGAGGAAUGGAAGACCGUAGAGAAGUGCAAGCGGUUCCCCUGCAGCCCAGAAACCGGUCCUCAAUUCGAAUUCGUGCGGUCGUUCAAGAAAGGUUUGGCGGCUACGCCUGUCAGGAUAUAGGACCUUCCCCCAGUCUGAGUUCUAUUUUACUCGUGGAUUUACCAUCUAACUACACUGGCUUCACUGCGUGUCGUCCACAUACAUUAUCGGACCUCAUCCCCUGCAUUAUGACUGGUUCAACCCCACCAUGGAUUAUAUCCUUCCUACUAGUAGUUGUUAUAUCAUACGCUUCCAGCCAGUACAUAGACUUGUAGCAACAGCAUCCUUCCAUUGCUCUCUCGUUAUGACAAUGCAUUGAAUUUAUGCUCGCCGGC